UGAGAGGCGACGCAGAAGCAAAAUUAAAGCGAAGCUUAAGAAAUCCCCAAAAAUGGAGUCUCUAGCGAAAGUCCAUCAACACCCACACCCUCUGCAUGUCUCUUUCCAUCGCCGUCCAUCAUUUACGAGACCUGUUUCCUCCUUCUCGUCCCACAGGAACUCCUCAAAGUUGAGAAUGUCAAUCAGUAUCAGAGCCUUCACUACCCCUAUCUCUUCGAAACCACAAGAUCUCUGUAAUUCUAGUCCUCCGCUUGAAGUCAUAAAACCGCUCGCCUCUCUUGUUAAAACCACUUGCAUCGCUCUGGCUGCCACCGCACUCUUCUUCAACCGCUUCAGUAAGCCCUCAUUUGCCGUCCCCGUCGCCCAACCCACCGUUGAGUCCACCAAGGACACAUCCGAAUCUGAAUAUGACGAAGAAAAAGAGAGAACCCUCGAAGAGUAUUUGGAGUCCAACCCCGACGAUGUCAAGGCGCUCAGAUCCCUCAUGGAGGCUAAGAUCAAAGGACGCAAGUUUCAGGAAGCUACCUCAGUGAUUGAUAGAUUGGUCGAAAUUGAACCCACAGAGAGGGAAUGGCCCCUAUUGAAAGCCUAUAUUCAGAAUUACAGCGGAGAUGUCGAAUUGGCCAAGUUAGGGUUCGAAGAGAUUAUCUCUAAGGAUCCCCUUUGUGUUGAAGCAUACCAUGGCCUAGUAAUGGCCGCAUCCCAGUCAGAGUCGGGUGAAUUGGGAGACGUCUUGAAAAGGAUCGAGAGUGCAAUGGAGAAGUGUAAGAAGGAGAAGAGGAAGGAGGAUUUCAGGGAUUUCAAAUUGCUGGUUGCUCAGAUUAAGGUCAUUGAGGGUAACUAUACGGAUGCUUUGAAGGUUUAUCAGGAGCUUGUAAAGGAAGAGCCAAGGGAUUUCCGGCCAUAUCUCUGUCAGGGGAUUAUCUAUACUUUGUUGCAGAAGAAAGAUGAGGCAGAGAAGCAGUUCCAGAAGUAUCGACGACUCAUUCCAAAGGAGCAUCCCUAUGCUCGUUUCUUCGAUGAUAACAUGCUUGCGACCAAAGUGUUUUCGCAAAUGGCAGAGGACCAGAGAACAGGUUCCAGGAACUGAGAAAUGGGGGUUCUUCUUAUGGUUCCUGAAUAACAGAUUUCCGGUUCAUCAUUAGCAGAGUGAUGGUGUAAAGUUGGCUUUUCUGCUUUACUUUCUUUGUUUAUUUUUGUAGCUGUGCCUUUGAUUCCUAGUCUCUUCUUACCGUAGCCAAUGUUAGAGGUGCCAAGGUGCAAAUUUUGUUGUCAGCCAUGGCAUUUUAAUAUUGAAUUCUUAGUUAUUAUCUAUUAUUAAGCAAGAGUUAGAUAAAAAUUUUGAUUAUCU